GAGACAUCCUGGAAAGAGGACCUCGAGUACACGACCUCAUUCGAGGCGGCCGGCCAAGUCAAUUGGCACGUGGUUCAUUCAACCAAUAAGGCCGUCUACUACAUGUUCGUCUUCUCUUUCCCAUACCAUUUGACCUGCUUUGCAUGUACCAACACGCUUGGAGACUUCAACCUAUCGGUGCACGAGGCCCCGCCCACGUGUGGAGCAGGAGCCGACGAGACCCAGCUAGGCACCCAGAUUGACUUCAUCAUAGGCUGGAUCAACACCAAGCUCCACCAUGGCGCCUCUCGUCAAAACCUUGGCUCGGGACAAGCCGAAGACUACGAAGGAGCUCUAUCAAUGGUCCUGUCAUGCGCCACGGCCAUCACAAGUGCUCCGGACCUGGUUCUUAGCAGCCAGAUUGCAAGCACACACGCGUGCCGAGACGUAGACUCCAACUACGCAAACCUGACGGAGGACCUGAACAUCUCCACGGCAGAGAUCUCAGACUCGAUUGCCCCGAUCAAGCUUCAGUUCGACUACUACCUCACCGAGGGCUGCCAGUCCCUACCUGAGCAUUGGAAUGUGUGCGAGCUGAUCCUUCUACCGAAGCCACAUAAACCACUUCGCUCACCAGCUCAUCUCCGGCCCAUCUGCCUGUUGAGCUUACAGGCCAAGCUGUUAGCAUCGGUGGUAGCAGGUCGUCUCCAACCCUAUGUCUCCAAGUACCUGGAGAACCUGCCACAGUACGCGUACGUGGCUCAUCGGACAUUAGCCCAGGCGCUAGAGCGAGUCAUAGGGCACUGUGCUGAAGUGAGGAGACUGGUUCAGCAACAAGCCUCCACACUGCACUCCCGAAGACAAGGGAGCACGUCUCUCAGUCUCUAUGGUGGUUGCCAGCUAUCGCUAGACAUCACAAGUGCGUAUGAUCACGUGCCCAGAUCGGCACUACGGCUGGCACUCCAAGAUGCAGGCACUCCCGACAACCUCAUACAGGCCAUCCUUCUCAUACAUGAGCAGGCCCGCAUCAAAAUCAAACACGCAGAUCAGGAGACCUUGAUCAGUCUGCACCGCGGACUUCGACAAGGCUGCGGCCUCGCGCCCAUCCUGUGGGCUCUGUACAGCGGUUGGGUGCUGAAACAGAUGAAUGAUCCCACACAACUGUCAGUCACUGAUACUGCCACCGUCUACGCUGAUGACCAGCAUUUCGCCUGGACCAUAAGGCACCGUCUGGGAAUCGCCAAAGGGACCUUCACCAGGGCUGUGUAUGGCCAGCACUUCUUCAUGGGCUCGAUGUUACAGGUCUUCCGCAACUUGAACUUCAGAGACUCAGAGACUCUCUGCAGCGGCGACAUCUACAAGACGGCAUGCCACAAUGCAGCGUGCAUUGAUGAUAUCAAGAAAAGCAACAUCAGUCUGACAAGCCCGUGCCCGUACUGCGGACUACAGUUCACCAGGCGAGCCAGACGGUGUCCUCCGGACGCAAGCUUUCGGAUCAUGUUCGGAACCUUCCAGUCGGAGUGUCCAGUUCAGACCGAGCUGCAGGCAGCCACACAGGACCUGGACAUGCUGAAGUCCCUACUGCCGACAGCCCUGAACCUCCAGCAGUUUCAGUACCACCAGUCCAUGGAGAUCGAGGAGCAGGAAGCCGACCAGCGACCUCAGAAGUGGCAAAAGCCGGGACCCAAGGGAGCUCCUCAAGGAGGAAAGGGCAGACGCCACAAUCCACAGGGCUCACGCUACAACAACUCCUGGAGAAACAACGAUUGGGGAGGUCACCGACAACAGGAUCAGGAGACGUGGGCACCUCGCUCUUCCCGGGCCACAGCACAGGAUGCGGACCAGCACAAGCAGAUGGCAGAACUAAAAGCCAUAGUCUCCAUGCUCAGCACGCUGGUGCUCAGGCAGGAAGUGCAAAUGAAUGUGAGCCGACAAGACACCGCCUACGUCAUCUUCAUCCAAACCCACAACUCCGACAGUUUGGCGAUGAGCCUCUUCCGCAUCGGAGAACAAUGGCGUCAAACCAAGAUCGAGAAGCCGGAGCAAUUGAAUGCACCGAUGAGGGUUGUUAUGUUCCAACAUUUCAUCUCGACUGUCAGGGACAGGUUUACGCAGAUGACGACCUCACCAUCGGCAAAAUCCAAGGCGCGGGAGUUGGGCUACAUGCUGGAGAAGGACGACAGGAUCCCGGGACUCCGGUGGGACCACACGGAGAAGAAGCACGUCCUGGACGACAAGGCGACCACCUUGUCGACGGAGGAAGUGAUGCAGGAUCUCAACCAGCUCCUCGUUCUGAGCUCCAAGACCCUUGUCAUCUCCCGCUUCCACGGCAUGCGCAAGCUCAGCGAGGAGUACACGUCCCCGACACUUGGGAUGUUCCUGGAAAUCGGCAUGAGGACCCAGGAGGCCCAGGAAGCGUGGUCCAUCCUGCAUCGCCUGAGCGGCUCGGCAACAUGGAUGGCUGCCAGUUGCUACCUUCGCCACGAAAGGCUGCAGAUGAGUGCUUUGGCCAAACGAUUGGCAACAGUCACCAAGUGA